CCAACAGCUCUAUAAAAAGAGUCGCUGGAAGAUGCCCUGGAUGCUCCUGCCUCCCAGCACAGAGCAGCAGGCACUCAGUGUAGGCAGAGAGGGGUGCCAGCAUGCCGUCUGCCUUCCAGCUUCAAUGCCACCUCGUCCUCAUCUUCCUAGCAGCCUACAAGGGGGACACCAGAUACCUAGAGGUGAGGGAUGCUGGUGAAGAUGAGCCCUUCCUACUCCUCAGUGAAGAUCUGAAGCGAGAGCUGUCUGCAGGACAGAUCUACCGGCGGUCGCUCCGCUGCAUCGACAUGCUGAGUAUAGAGGGGCAGUUCACCUUCACCGCAGAGCAGCCCCAGCUGCACUGCGCAACCUUCUUCAUCGGCGAGCCCGAGGAGCUCAUCAUGAUAGACUACGACUUCGUAAACAUCGACUGCCAAGGAGGCGAUUUCCUGAAGGUAUUUGAUGGCUGGAUACUCAAAGGAGAGAAAUUUCCUAGUUCCUUGGACCAUCCCCUCCCCACUUCUGAAAGAUACACAGACUUCUGUGAAAGUGGCAACAUGCAGAGGAGCAUCAGGUCAUCACAGAAUGUGGCGAUGAUCUUCUUCAGGAUUCACCAGCCAGGCAAUGGAUUUACUGUCACAGUCAAGAAAACUACCAACCUCUUCCCUUGCAACGUCAUCUCUCAGACUCCCUCGGGAAGGUUUACUAUGGUCAUUCCUCAUCAGCACAGAAACUGCAGCUUUUCUAUAAUAUAUCCAGUGGUGAUAAAAAUAUCCGAUCUCAUCCUGGGACACUUAAAUGGCCUCUUUCUAAAGAAACCAUCAGCAGGCUGUGCGGGAGUGGGAGAUUUUGUAGAGCUGUUGGGAGGAACUGGCUUAGACCCAUCCAAGAUGUUUCCACUAGCUGAUCUCUGUCACUCCUUUCAUGGGUCUGCCCAAAUGAAGAUUGGUUGUGACAAUACUGUGCUACGAAUGGUCUCCAGUGGCAAGCACAUCAAUCGUGUGACGUUUGAGUACUAUCAACUUGAUCUGCAGGAAAUAGAAAACAGAAAGGAGAACAGCAUUGAGGAAUUCUGCUUCCCUAGCAUCUGAGAAACCAGGCAACGUGUUUUCACACAGCUAAUGACAAUAAGGUUCUGGUGAAUUAAAAAAAAAAAAGAAAAAAAAUAAGUAUUUUUCCUUUACCAGCUGGUGUUAUUGAGCCUUUCUACAGUACAAGCACAUUCCCUUUUUUUCCCCCCAUACAAAUCAGUCAUGGUCAUGAGCAAGCAGGAAAAAGUAUAUUAAUCUUUGUUACUACCAUGAUAAUUUUUUCUGCAAUAUUUAGGAUAAUUUACUAUAUUCAAAAUCAAUAGAAAGAAGUCUAUGUUUCCAAUAUAAGUAUUAUUAGGGAAACAGACAUAAAUCCUCUGUAUAUUCAGUCUGAGCACACAUAAAACUCAUAAUAAGUAUAAACUUCACAUGGUUAACAUUAUCCUUUUAUAUCAGGAAUAAACAAAAAAAAAAAAAAAGGUGGUGGAAUACAUUUCCAGUUUUGUAAAAGGAAAUCCAGCAUUAGUGUGUUCAAAAAUGACUUGUUUGUUUAUGACUAUAAAUGUGCUAUUUAUUUCUAAUGACAUGUUUUUAAUAAAAAUUUAUAGCAUGGAAACUUCCUUUCACAAACCCAAACAUGAAUAAAUACAUUCCAAGAGCUGGCAAAACACUAUGACGUUGUAUUUUUCUGAAGAGCUCUUUAAAACAUUUUUGUUGAACUUCCCAAGUCUUGUGCAGUUUUCUGGAAAUUAUCAUUUUGAACAUAUGUAGCUGUAAAACUGUGGACUAUUAAAGUAACGUUAUGGGCAGAAA